AGGUUUGCCCAAUUAGCCAGCCGACGCCUCUCUCUCUCUCUCUCUCUCUCUCUCUCUGUCUAUGUCGUCGUGUUCAAGAAGAUCGAGCCGGCCGGUGCUACAUGCUCAGCGAUCGAUAUCGCCGGGCGGCGGCUCGUCCGCCUUCGCGUCAUCUUCGUCUCGCUUCACCGGCCGGUCUCCGGCCUCCUUCUUCCACCACUACGAGCAUCACCGCUCCGCUUCUCCCACCCGCGUCCACCUCGUGGGCGCGGCCCCUUCUCAGAACCCGGCCGUACGCUUCUCCCUCGACCGCUCAACCUCCCCCGGCCGAUCCCUUGCCGCCGCCGACAAACGCUCCCCCUCCACGACCGCCGGUCGCGUUCGACGCACCUGCCUCUGCGCCCCCACCACCCACCCCGGCUCCUUCCGCUGCAGACUCCACAAGGGCCUCCACAUCCACCACGCCGCUGUUUCCUCGCCAUCUAACCGCCUCAACGCCCGCCGCUCGGCGAUGACGAACUCCCUGGUCCGGAUCGGGGCCGUGGAGGGUGAGUGGGUGAAGCGUGCCCUCGCCGCCCUCAUCCGCCCGUCCUCCCACCAGCAACGGCGGAGGGCCGACUUCCAUCCUCGCCCUAGCCGCCUCUCCCGCAUGUCCAAGGCCGACGGUCCAUAGAUCCACCGAUCUUGAAUCAGGUUCGUAAACCUAUUCCUUACCGUCACAGCGAGAAUCGCCAGCAACCGUCUGAUCCCGAUCAGAGAGCAUUCCGGAGCUCGGUUUUUUGUAGAUUUCCGUUUUUUGGGCAUUUUUGUACCAAGAAAGGCAGGGAAAAAAGAAACUGGUGGUGGAGAACAAGUCAGAUCCGUCAGUUUGUACAUAAACUGUUGCGGCAGCUGUUGAUGCCGCCAAUCGAACAAAGACAUCGGAAUUGAACUCAGAA